AUGGCCAUCACGCUCUAUUCAACGCAUUGUCGUUCACUCGCUACUUCCUCCUCCUCGUUCCAACUCUGUCCCUUGUCGUCUAACCUCGCUUAUCAUCAACGCGUCACCUUCUCACAGCGCUUUCUCGCCUCUAAGGUCUCUCUCAAAUCUCAACCCCAAUCGUAUCAGAUUCCCGUCCACACCCAGCAACAGGAAGGUUCAGUAGCAGCUUCUGUGCCUCCUGUUGAAAAUGGAACAUCUCACAAGCAGUUGAAUGCUGAAUUAUUCUCUGUUAAGUCCCCACAGGAGUCUCGAGUUGAAGAUGGUUGUGAAAAGGAUGAAAAUGAGUCCACUGUUAGUAUUACUGUUGUUGGAGCCUCUGGAGACCUUGCCAAGAAGAAGAUAUUUCCAGCUCUCUUUGCACUUUACUAUGAGGGCUGUCUCCCUAAGUACUUCACCAUCUUUGGUUAUGCACGGAGUAAGAUGACUGAUGCAGAACUGAGAAAUAUGGUUAGCAAGACCCUCACUUGUAGAAUUGAUAAGAGAGAGAACUGCAAUGAGAAGAUGGACCAAUUUCUAAAAAGAUGUUUCUACCAUUCUGGUCAAUAUGAUUCUCAAGAAAACUUUGCAGUGCUAGACAAGAAGCUGAAGGAACAUGAGGGUGGGAAAACUUCUAAUCGCCUGUUUUAUCUUUCAAUUCCUCCUAAUAUAUUUAUAGAUGCUGUAAAAUGUGCAAGCUUGUCAGCUUCUUCUGGUAAUGGUUGGACCAGGGUCAUUGUUGAAAAGCCUUUUGGUCGUGAUUCUGAAUCUUCAGCUGCAUUAACAAAAUCACUCAAGCAGUAUCUGACUGAGGAUCAAAUUUUCAGGAUUGACCACUAUCUUGGAAAAGAACUUGUGGAAAAUCUUUCUGUUCUUCGAUUCUCAAAUCUCAUCUUUGAGCCAUUAUGGUCAAGGCAAUAUAUAAGAAAUGUACAGUUGAUAUUCUCAGAAGAUUUUGGCACUGAAGGACGCGGCGGGUACUUUGACCAUUAUGGUAUCAUAAGAGACAUUAUGCAGAACCAUUUACUUCAAAUACUAGCACUCUUUGCGAUGGAAACCCCUGUUAGUUUGGAUGCAGAGGACAUUAGAAAUGAAAAGGUCAAGGUUCUCCGUUCUAUGAGACCCCUGCAACUUGAGGAUGUGGUUGUAGGCCAGUAUAAGAGCCACACAAGAGGAGGUGUUACAUAUCCAGCCUACGUUGAUGACAAAACUGUACCAUUAGGCAGCUUUACUCCAACUUUUGCCGCAGCUGCCCUCUUUAUAAAUAAUGCAAGAUGGGACGGGGUACCUUUUCUGAUGAAGGCUGGGAAAGCAUUACACAACAAAAGAGCUGAGAUACGGGUACAGUUCAGGCAUGUUCCUGGUAAUCUGUACAAUCGAAAUUUUGGUACUGAUCUAGAUCGGGCUACCAAUGAACUUGUUAUUAGAGUUCAGCCUGAUGAGGCUAUUUAUUUGAAGAUAAACAACAAAGUUCCAGGUCUGGGAAUGAAGUUGGACCGCAGUAAUCUAAAUCUUCACUAUGCAGCAAGAUAUUCAAAGGAGAUUCCAGAUGCUUAUGAGAGGCUACUGUUGGAUGCCAUUGAAGGAGAAAGGAGACUCUUUAUACGUAGCGAUGAACUGGAUGCAGCUUGGUCACUUUUUACACCUGUACUGAAGGAACUAGAAGAGAAGAAGAUAGUUCCAGAGUACUAUCCUUAUGGUAGUAGGGGUCCUGUUGGUGCUCACUAUCUUGCAGCCAGAUACAACGUACGGUGGGGUGACCUUGGUACAGACGUAGAGCACUAA